UCAUCUUUACCAACAAAGAGCAGCUUUGGUGCGGUUUUUGUCUUAAAGUGGUUUUCACUCAUCCAGCAAGAUUUCACCCAAAAGCAGAAACCACAUUCAGGACCAGCCUGCUCUGACGCGGCUGGUCAGCAGGAAGCGGCUGGUGGCAGCGGGGAUCAUGGGGGUCAUCAUGGUUCUGGUUCUGGUUGUCCUUAUUCCGGUUCUGGUCAACUCGGCGGGGUCGGCGGCACACUACGAAAUGCUCGGUACCUGCAGGAUGGUGUGCGAUCCAUACGGCACCAAAUCGCCGUCCAGUACAGCCACGGCGGACACAGUCCAAGACAACAGCUUGGUUCAGUCUUUACCCACUUUUAUUCAAGGUCCGAAAGGAGAACCGGGUCGGCCUGGUAAGAUAGGUCCUAGGGGGGCUUCUGGUGAGCCGGGACCACCGGGUCCACCCGGACCACCUGGGAACAAAGGUGAACCAGGCAGACCCGGUUUACCAGGUUCUCCUGGAUCGAGCGCAGCUGCCGGUGCCAUCAGCGCAGCCACGUACACCACCGUGCCCAAGAUCGCCUUCUAUGCCGGACUGAAGAAGCAACACGAAGGAUACGAGGUGCUGAAGUUCGACGAUGUGGUGACGAACCUGGGAAACCACUACAACCCGAGUACUGGGAAGUUCACGUGCUCCAUCCCCGGGAUUUACUUCUUCACUUACCACGUUCUGAUGCGCGGAGGAGACGGAACCAGCAUGUGGGCCGAUCUCUGCAAAAACAACCAGGUGCGGGCCAGUGCCAUUGCCCAGGAUGCGGACCAGAACUAUGACUAUGCCAGUAACAGUGCUGUGCUGCACCUGGAGCCAGGAGACGAGAUCUACAUUAAACUUGAUGGAGGCAAAGCCCACGGCGGCAACAACAACAAGUACAGCACCUUCUCUGGAUUCAUCAUAUACGCUGACUAGAACUUCAGCACAUCCAUGCCCUCACUUACUUUAGGCCUUGUGGGCCACUAUCCCAAAAGACUAUCCCCUGCAAAUAAGAUGAUCAGACAUAAGUUCAAUUGUGUGUGGAGAAACCAGUAUAAAUCAAACUUCCUGCGUUGCUUAUUAUUUCACUUUGUUUAUCCUGCCAUCAUCACUGUCUUUGCUGAAUAUGACUUUAGACAAUAAUAUCAGUGAAAAGGGUUGGAUUGAACUACAGUAUCUCACUCCAGCACAGCUGAUCUUAAAGCUGAUGUAUUUGUUCUACGGGAAAGGAAGAUGGAUCCUUCACGUUUAAAAUCUGAGUAGGCAAUAAGGUGCAUGUCAAGAAAUGAAAUCAAACAAUACUGACGUCAAACAGGGGUUGGGGAAAAUGACUGCAGGAUGAUUUAGUGCAAUACCUAUAAUAACUUAUAAUCAUGGAGAUAAUGAGAAAGCCUUCUAUAGGAGUGUUUUUCUUUUUUAUAUCAUGCUGUAAAUAGCAUGGGAAAGCUGGUAACACUUGAAGUACAUUAUGGUACACUUGUAGCAGAUUAUAUUUCUAUUAUAAACAUCAUUACCUCUUAUAUAGAAUAAUACAUUAAUGUCAUAUAUAAUCAAACAGCUAUUAAAUUACUGUUUGAAGCGUGUACACAUUUUACAUAGUGUUUGAUAUUAAUGAUGAUUCAUAUCAGUUUUUCUGAUAUCCUAAUGCUCUCAUAAACUGUAUGUUUGUGCAGAUUUAAGGGUUUUAGCCAUAUUUUUACACACAUUCUUUUCGCCCAAUUUACCAAAUAUGAAUUUCACGCACAAAUAGUUACCCAAAUCUUAACAUUGCCACAUUUUUGUUUAAAAAAACACCUGAAAACAUGACUGUAACAAAGACCUUUGUGUCUGUUCAGCGGCAAGAAACUGUUACUGGCUAUAGAGCAGGCUUUGUUUUUAUUACGAGAACAAGCUCCAGUUGGAGACUGUCCAAACACAUGCACCUGCAGUAAGUUAGUGUCCCGUGCCAAAAUAUCACAACACUGUCAGAACAAAUGUUAACUGUCAUGCUUAUUAUUACAGACUCUGAGAGAGAUAUAUGCUGUAUACACAAAUCAUGUCACUCUGUGUUAUCUAAAUAUUAAUGUCUGAUUGUGAUACUGUGCUGUAUGCCUGUUCUGACACAACAUCUGAACUUAGCUGUGCAAUAUACAGUAUUUGUAUUUAUUCAGUGGAAGGAUGAUUUUUUUCCCUGUGAGCUCUGAUAAAGAUCUUAAUGGCUAAUUG